AGCGAUUGUUUAAAACUACAACGACCGUCAUCCUCGGAAAGCAGAAUGGGCGUGGUUUAAAGAAAAAAGGGGCGGUUAUGUCUGUCAACGGCUCGGAGACAGAAAGGGGGCGGAGCGGCAGCUGGCGGCGAGCGGAGGUAGUGCUUCCGCAUUGGGGACCGUUUACUGUAGCUGCUGGUGUUCGGGCCGGCGGAGGAUGAGCCAGCGGUGACCGAGCAGCCAUGUCUCAGCAGCCUCCGCAGUCCCCGGCUCAGGCUCAGCAGCAGAGGAGGAAGGAUCGGCGGAUCUUUUCCGGGACCUGUCCGGACCCCAAGUGCAGGGCCCGGCUCUUCUUCCCGGCUCAGGGAUCGGCAAGUAUCGAGUGCACGGACUGCGGCCAGAGACAUGAGCAGAGGCAGCUGCUGGAGGUGGAGGAGGUCACCGAGCCAGACGUGGUGCUCCACAACCUGCUGAGGAACGCCCUGCUGGGGGUGGCCGGGACCCCCAAGAGAAACACAGAUAUGGUGAAAGUCAUGGGGCUCUCCAACUACCACUGCAAGCUGCUGGCCCCCAUCCUGGCCCGCUAUGGCAUGGACAAGCAGACUGGCAAGGCCAAGCUUCUCCGGGACAUGAACCAGGGCGACGUGUUUGACUGCUCGCUGCUGGGCGACCGAGCCUUCCUGAUCGAGCGGGAGCACGUGGACACGGUGGGCUACGGGAAGGACCGGUCAGGUAGCCUGCUCUACCUCCACGACACCUUGGAGGACAUCAAGAAGGCCAAUGGCAACCAGGAGUGCUUCAUACCAGUGCACGUAGAUGGGGACGGGCACUGCUUGGUGCACGCUGUGUCUCGGGCUCUCGUGGGCAGGGAGCUGUUUUGGCAUGCCCUACGGGAGAACCUGAAGAAACACCUGAAAGAGAACCUGGACAGGUACAAGGCCUUGUUUCAUGACUUCAUCGAUGUGGCAGAGUGGGAAGACAUCAUCAAUGAGUGCGACCCCUGGUUUGUACCCCCGGAAGGUGUCCCUCUAGGCCUACGUAACAUCCACAUCUUUGGGCUGGCCAAUGUUCUCCACCGUCCUAUCAUAUUGCUGGAUUCCCUAAGCGGCAUGAGGAGUUCUGGGGAUUACUCGGCCACUUUCCUUCCUGGGUUGAUCCCUGUGGAGAAUUGCAAAGGCAAAGACGGACAGCUGAAUAAACCGAUAUGCAUUGCCUGGAGCAGUUCGGGAAGGAAUCAUUACAUCCCUUUAGUAGGGAUCAAAGGUGGCCCCCUGCCAAAAUUACCCUUAAAGCUACUUCCCAAAGCGUGGGGAGUGCCACAAGAUCUGAUCAGAAAGUAUGUAAAGUUGGAGGAGGACGGUGGCUGUAUUAUUGGAGGAGACAGGAGUCUACAAGACAAGUAUCUUCUGCGACUGGUUGCUGCUAUGGAAGAGGUGUUCAUGGACAAGCAUGGGAUCCACCCCAGUCUGGUGGCAGAUGUGCACCAAUAUUUUUACAGACGGACUGGCGUCAUUGGCAUUCAGCCCGAAGAAGUUACAUCUGCCGCCAAGAAGGCAGUGCUGGAAAAUCGCCUUCACAAAUGCCUAAUAUGUGGGGCGCUCUCUGAACUUCUAGUACCUCCAGAGUGGUUGUCCCUAGGUGGUAAGCUGUAUAACCUAGCAAAGUCAACCCAUGGCCAAUUGAAGCCAGAUAAGAAUUACAGCUUUCCCCUCAAUAACAUUGUUUGUUCCUAUGAUGCUGUAAAUGAUAUUUUAGUACCUGACUUUACGUUAAGCAAUUUAACCAGUUGCAAUUGGUGCCGGGGGAACUCUGUACGUAGAGUGAGGAGUGAUGCAUCCAUAGUGUAUCUGGAUGGAGACAGAACUAACACAAGGUCUUAUGGGGGCAAAUGUGGUUGUGGCUUUAAACAUUACUGGGAUGGUAAGGAAUAUGACAACUUACCUGAAGCAUUCCCUAUAACACUAGAGUGGGGUGGAAGAGUCGUGCGAGAAACGGUCUAUUGGUUCCAGUAUGAAAGUGACCCCGGUCUGAACAGUAACGUCUAUGAUGUUGCAAUGAAACUAGUCACUAAGCACUUCCCAGGGGAAUUUGGCAGUGAAAUUCUGGUCCAGAAGGUUGUGAAUACAAUAUUACAUCAAACGGCUAAAAAGAAUCCCGAUGACUAUACCCCCGUGUCCAUAGACGGCGCCCACAUUCAGCGGAUGGAAGAUGUUAAACCGGAACAGGACUCUGAUUCCCAGUUACCCACAAAAAUCAUACUCACUGGCCAAAAGGCUAAAACAUUGCACAAAGAAGAGUUAAACAUGAGCAAAACUGAAAGGAAGAUUCAGCAGAACAUUACAGAGCAAGCGUCUGUACUGCAGAAACGCAAGUCUGACAAGAUUAAACAGGAACAGAAAGGACCAGCCAGAUCUUCCUCACCUGGGGUGGUCAGAGAUGGUCCUUCAUCAGGUCCUUCCACACCCACAAAAACGCCUUACUCUCCCACAUCCUCCAAAGAAAAGAAAAUCCGCAUUACCACCAAUGAUGGCCGCCAGGCAAUGCUUACCCUAAAGUUCUCAACCACGUUCUCUGAGCUGCAGGAAGGAAUAGCAAAAGAGUUGGAUAUUCCUCCUUACUUACAGUCCAUUCGCUAUGGAUUCCCUCCAAAAGAGCUUGUACCACCAAAGGAUGGCAUGGAGAAUGAACCCGUACCCUUACAACAUGGCGACCGAGUGACAGUAGAGAUUUUAAAGGCCAAAGAAAAACCUGUCCAUCACCCAUCUGCUCACUCAGCACAUUCUGUCUCUGCCGAGGAUUCUGCUGUGUCCGCGAAAUCUGUUUCCAAGGAGCUUCAAGACCAGAUUGAUAAGGAGAUGUACUCCUUGUGUUUGCUGGCAACCCUCAUGGGGGAAGAUGUUUGGUCGUAUGCUAAAGGCCUGCCUCAUCUGUUCCAGCAGGGUGGUGUCUUUUACAAUAUUAUGAAGAAAAACAUGGGAGUGGUUGAUGGGAAACACUGCACUUUUCCGUACCUACCUAACAAAACAUUUGUUUACAAUGCGGCUGAAGACCGUCUAGAACUGUGCGUAGACGCUGCAGGUCAUUUUCCGAUUGGCCCCGAGGUUGAGGAUUUGGUGAAAGAGGCGCUGGCUCAGGUGCGUUCUGAAGCAUCUUCUAGAAGCAGAGAGUCUAGUCCUUCACAUGGAUUGAUGAAACUGGGCAGUGGUGGGGUGGUCAAGAAGAAGUCUGAGCAGCAUCACAAUGUCACCGUCUUUCAAGGCAAAGGGCACUCUCUAGGAACAGCCUCCACGAGUCCAGAACAUAACCAGAGAACCAGAGCUACAACUAAGCCUAGCUCAACAGCUAGCCUCCAUAGCACUGCAACCUAUUCGGAUUCCUCAUCCUUUAUGUCUACAUCGAAUGAUAGUGAGCUCAUCAGAGUAGCUCCUGGCGUAGUCACUAUGAGAGAUGGACGUCAGCUUGACCCCAAUUUAAUUGAGGCCCAAAGGAAAAAAUUGCAAGAAAUGGUUUCUUCCAUUCAGGCUUCUAUGGAUAAGCACUUACGGGAUCAAAAUGCAGAACCAUUGUCAGGAUCUGAUACGUCGCCAAAGAAGGCAGAAUGGCUUUCCUCCAAGCCUGUGGGCAGCCCUUCAAGGGGGAACGUAGACACAACGGUGGGACCUGUAGCACCCACUGGUAACGUUGGGAGCUCCGUAGAAACCUCUUUAUCUGUUAGACCUAAAGUUCAGUCUUCAGUAUCUACAGAUGAUCCAGAAGAGAUGGACAGCCAGGACACAGAAAUAGAGCCGAUGGAUCAUUCAUGAUUAGGGAGAGGUUUGAUCGGGAGAAAGUACAUAAAUAUAUAUAAAUAUAUAAAUAUGUAAUAAGAUGGCUGGGCCACAGUUUAAAAUAGUUUAAAGAAUUGUUGUACAUUCAAAAGUAUAUUAAACUCCUUUUCGCUGCAUGAAGAAAUGUGUAAUUUGGGGAAAUAAAAGCUUUUCAUGGUUA